GUUAGACUGUGAUCGUAGUCAUGUGUAUGAAAUGUUAAUAUCGUAGGAAGGAGCAUCUGUAGCGUUGAAGUUGUCUGAUCGUGUUGUUUGUGUUUAUGGUUAGUAGAAGGUGUUGAAACAGUGAGUUUAUUUUGAAGAAAAUUAGAAUCAUGGGGGAGAAAAAACUGCCCGAAGAAAAUCUGUACGAAUUACUGGGUAUAAAUAUAGAAGCAACUACACAAGAGGUUAAGAAAGCGUACCGAAAAACAGCCUUGAAAUGUCAUCCAGACAAGAAUCCGGACAAUCCAAAAGCCGCAGAAUUGUUUCAUAAAUUAUCAAACGCUUUGGAGAUUCUUACUGACGAGUCUGCAAGGGCUGCAUAUGAUAAAGUAUUAAAGGCAAAGCAAGCUGCGAAACUUAGAACACAGCAGCUAGACUCUAGAAGAAAGAAAUUUAAAGAGGAACUAGAAGCAAGAGAGAGGGCAGCGCAAGAAGCAGCAGCAAAGAAGUCUGAGUUUUUAAUUGACACAAGAACAGAUGAAGAAAAGCUUCAGGCUGAGAUUGAUAGGUUAAGAAAAGAGGGAUCAAAAGCAGUGGAAGAAGAAAUAAGAUAUGUUCAGAAAAUAAUAGAAGAAGAAAGAGAGCAGAGAGCAAACAGGAGAGAACAAGAAGCAAAUAAUCAAUAUCGUCUUCGGAUUAGGUGGAAUGUAAAUAAGUCUGAUGUGAAUAAUGGAGGAUAUUCAUAUGACAUGUUACACAAAUUGUUGUCAAAGUAUGGAAAUGUGGUAGCACUGAUAUUAUCUCCAAAGAAGAAAGGUCGAGCACUUGUUGAGUUUGAGAGUAAAGAUGCUGCAAUCAUGGCGCAGAAAUAUGAAAAGGGCCUUACUUCAAACCCUCUAAUUGUAGAGUGGCUUACGCAGCCACAUAAUGAAGAGGAUGUCACUACAGUACCAUCUUCGCAAUUUUCUUCAACAGAAAGCAGUGAGAGACAUGGACUGUUUCCUUCAAUGAACACUGGAGGUGCUAUGUCUUCUGGUUCUUAUGCUCGCUCCUCACCAAGUCCAAUGAGCCACAUGAAAGUCACUGGCUCAGACUUUGAAAGCUUGGUGCUCCGCAAAAUGAAACAAGCCGAAGAAAGAAAGAAACUUGCUGAGAAAAUGCAAAAAGAAGAACUGGAUAAUGAGGAUGUAUGAUAGAAUGUCGUGCGUGAAGUUUACCUCAGAAUUCCAUAAAAUAUGUACUACUGUAUGUUUUAUGGAUCAGAGUGGAAAAACUGUAAUUAGAUAAAAAGUUAAUACUCACUAAGUAUAUAAAUUGACAGUAGUUAUAACAGUGCCAAAACAUAGGAAGUAAAUAUCUGAUGUUCUGCACCAAUGAUUCCUUCUUUGGAAACUGGAAGAGGAAAAAACGGAAAACAGACAAUUUUUCGUCUUGUCUCUCUCACCACGGGUGUUAAAUACCAACCUUUUUACCACUCAUACAUUAUUUUUACCCUUUAUCUUAUGUGUAUCUUCUGGUGAAAGAACAUUUGCUCUUAAAAGCUGAGAAUUCUCAUUUAGCAUAUCAUUGUGGACAAUGCCUUAAUUUUGUCAUUUAGUGGGUAUAACUAUUUUAUCUAUCUUAGCUAGUGUAUAUAUUUUGUAAUUUGUACAGAUGUGACUCUAUAU